UAUAAAAUGACUUGUACGAUGUUAAUCUAAUUAAGUUGCAUGUUCAAAUACAGGCCGUAGAGAUUUCAACCAUCCCAAGGCAACGAUAAGCUUGGAGAUCUAUUCAUUUCUAAUUUCAUUCAUAGUUAUUACAUUGUUUUUCCGUAUGAUAGUGAGACCUGUAUAUGUUAUUCAGAAAACUGCAGGAAAAAUUGAAUCCAGGGCAUUUAAAAUUACAGUUUUCGAACAACGUGCGUGGUCCAAUAUAUACUGGGCUCCCCAUAGGAGAUCAAGAGGGCUCCCCCUUAGAUCUACAUUUAAUUGACUGCAGUACUCAAAAUAUUGUGAAUCCUGGGCCAGAAGCAACAACAGAAGUGGAAAUAGUUGUCCUUGAGAAAGAUUUUACAAGGUAUGGUGGCGAAAAAUCGCUGAUUCGUGGAAAUCCUCGAGUCAUCGUGAAAAAUGGGAGUGUUUCUGUAAGUCAUAUUUCAUUCAAACAUACUAGAGAUACUAUGAGAAACCGUGAGUUGAGACUAGGUGCAUUAAGAGUUGGGACCAGAAUCGUGGAAGCAGUCACUGAACCAUUCUUUGUCAAGGAUCGUCGUAACAUAAGCAAGAGAUUGAAGCCCCUAUUUCUUCAUGAUGAAGUUUGGAAACUGGAAACAAUUGGCAAAAACGGUCCUUUCCAUGAACGUUUGAUGAAGGAAAACAUUAAAACAGUCAACGACUUGUUAACUCACUACUUUUUGAACCGUGAAAACCUACUCAAAAUCCUUGGCAGGCAUAUGAACGUGGAGAAAUUGGAUGCAGCAGUAAAUCAGGCAAAGAAUAAACUUGACUUGAAAAGAUAUGUGUAUCCCCACGAAAAUCCACUAGUGAUAUUUACUGAUGUGGGAGAAUUGACUGGAGUAGGACUGGAAGAAGAGGGUCAGUUCUUCUCUGUCCAACAGCUCACUGAUCAAACUCAAAAGGCUAUUGCAAUGGAAAUGGUAAAAAAAGCCUUUCAAGAAGGCCGCCAGAAUUUCAAGGUUUUAUUGGAUGAUGAUAGUUUUUAUAAUGGAUUCACUUCCGAUGAGGCUUAUAAUUCUGUAAUUGACACACAACAGCUGCAACCAGUGCCUAAUAAUGUUGCUAAUGACAUGCCAAACACAAGUUUGAUAGUGAAUAAUUAUGACAUUAUAAGCCAAAUCAAUAGCUUAUCCACAACUUCUACUGGUGAAUUACCACAUCAAUUUCAUCCAGAUGACAACGACUUCAUCAUCUACCAAGAUCUUUCCCCAAUCAUCUGGAAUUAAUUAUUACAUCAGGAUUGUUUCAUUAGUUAAUUAAUCUGUUAUAGUCGGUGCUGUGGUCGAGUCAGACCGAAGGAUUUCAAAAUAUGAAGAAGUAUGCAUACGAAGAAAUCAAAGACAGAUCAACAUCAACUAUAUAUAUAUUUUAACUACAUAAAAAUAGUAUAGUAUUUUCCGCCAAAAGAGGUUCAGAUGAAACUCGAAACCUUACUAGCUAGCUCAGCCCCUGGUGGUAGAUUAUAUUGAAUGAUAAUUAUAAGUAGACUUGAAGAUCAAAAGUCUCAUAUGGAAAGUGUGAUUGUAAGGAUAACUCUGUCAUUUUAAUUUUAAUUACUUUUGUUACGCCUAGUUGUGGCAAUUAAUUUCCAGAAGGGACAUAUAUAUAUAUAUUUGUA